AAACAUAAGGUGCCAAGUGGCAAGCAGCUGAACCAUGUCACAUCCAAGUACAACCAGUUCUUGUCCCACAAAAUGCAAAUCGUCCUACAAAAAAAGAUCCAAUUUUAUACUUUUUUUUUCCAUCAAAAAAUUCAAAUUCUCCAAAACCCAAAUCCCAAAACUUCAUAAUAUUAACAUAUUUGUCAUCAAAAUUUAAUCUUGUUUGUCCCUAUACAAAUAAUUUUACAUUCUUGGUUCUUGGGGUUUUGAAUUUCACCAAGAAUAUUUCCUUCCUUACAAAUUCUCCAAAACAAAAAUUUCCAAUUGUGAUCAAGAUUCAAUUUUUGUUUGAUUUUGAUUAUUGGGUUGGUGGGAUUUUUUGAAAAAAAUUGAAGAAACUAAGUAAAAGUACUGAGUUUUCAAGAUUUAGCAGAAUUAUUGAUUUUUGGGAAUUUCACCUGAAAAUUUUCUUCAAAUUGUGUUCAAGAUUCAAUUUUGUUACUUCCUGUGUAUUUUGAUUAUUGGGUUGGUGAUAUUUUUUGAAAAAAAUUGAAGAAAUUAAGUUAAAGUAUUGAGUUCUCAAGAUUUAGUAGAAUUAUAAAUUAUUGAUAAAUUUUUGGGAAUUUCACCUGAAAAUUUUCUUCAAAUUGUGAUCAAGAUUGGAUUUUGUUACUUUGUGUGUAUAUAUCUGUGUAUUUUGAUUACUGGGUUAGUAGAAUUAUAGAUUCUUGGUUGUUGUGAAUUUCACUUGAAAAUCUUCUUCAAAUUGUAAUAAAGAUUCAAUUUUUUUUUUAAUCUCUGUGUAUAUCAUUGUAGAUUUUGAUAAUUGGGUUGUUGAGUUUUUUCCCCAAAAAUUGAAGAAAUUAAGUAAAAGUAUUGAGUUUUCAAGAUUUAGUAGAAUUAUAGAUUCUUGGUUGUUGUGAAUUUUCACCUGAAAAUUUUCUUCAAAUUGUAAUAAAGAUUCAAUUUUGUUUAUCUGUAUAUCAUUGUAGAUUUUGAUUGUUGGAUUGUGGAAAUUUUUCAAAAAAUCUGAAGAAAAUUAAGUAAAAGUAUGAGUUUUCAAGAUUUGGAAUCGGGUCAAUCAACCAGGUCGGGUCGGGUACGUACCAAUGGGAAGCAAGACCCGACCCAAGCAGUGGCUUCUGGAAUAUUCCAGAUCAAUACUGCUGUGUCUACAUUUCAAAGGCUAGUGAAUACACUUGGUACACCAAAAGAUACACCUGAGCUACGCGAAAAGUUGCGCAAGACAAGGGUACAUAUCGGCCAGUUAGUCAAAGAUACAUCUGCAAAACUUAAGCAAGCAAGUGAAACGGAUCAUCAUGCUGGUGUCAGUGCUAGCAAGAAAAUUACAGACGCUAAACUUGCUAAAGAUUUUCAAGCUGUCUUGAAAGAGUUUCAAAAGGCUCAGAGACUUGCAGCGGAGAGGGAGACAGCAUAUACGCCUUUCACUCCCCAAGAUGUUCUUCCUUCUAGUUACACAGCCGGUGAAGUAGAUGUUGCUUCAGAUAAGAAUCAGGAACAGCGAGCGCUUCUUGUGGAAUCAAGAAGACAAGAUGUUUUGCAUUUAGACAAUGAGAUUGCUUUUAAUGAAGCUAUUAUCGAGGAAAGAGAGCUCGGAAUACAAGAAGUACAACAACAGAUAGGUGAAGUGAAUGAGAUUUUCAAGGAUCUUGCUGUGCUUGUUCACGAUCAAGGAGCUAUGAUCGACGAUAUUGGCUCCAACAUUGAGAAUUCUCAUGCUGCUACUGCACAGGGGAGAUCACAACUUGCUAAAGCUGCAAAGACCCAAAGAUCAAAUUCAUCUCUGACAUGCUUGCUUCUGGUGAUAUUCGGGAUCAUACUUCUAAUUGUGAUCAUAGUACUUGCAGCAUGAUCAGAAGAUUUCGAGAUGGAUAAAAAGAUCCUAAACUUCGCGAUUCAAGACGUUGUUAAGGUAUAUACUCUUGGUGUGAUCCAUGAAUCUUUGUCAUGCUAAGACAAGUUGUGCAACUGUGAGAUGUGAGUGUUUGUAUGCUAUAUAUGUAAUGUGUUUUGGGUUUGCAAUUGCGUGCUGCUGCUAUGUAAUGGCUGGUUUGUUACAAAGUUACAACAAUAUGUCUAUAAUUUUUUUUGGUUGAUGCAA